GUCAUCGAUACUUGAAAUAGUUGUUGAUGGGGAUGGCAGUCCGAGCAGCAGCGCUGACCCGGAGGACUGCACGGGGGGACGCUCCGCUUCUCAUGGAUGGGAGUCCGGUUCCAGCCCGGAGAGAAAAGCUUCAACACAGAAGAAAAUCACCACUGACUUUUAAUUAGGUGAAUCUGACUGAAUGUUUUAUGAGCGGGUUACUAAGAGACUUUGGAGGCUGUGCGACAUGGAAAACGGCUGUGAGACUGGGAGACCCUAGCGAGGGAAAGAGGUAAAAGGGCAACAGCGAGGAACCAUCUGUGGUUGGUUAACAGAAGGCCCCCUCAUCCUGCAAUGCCAGAAGAAGCUAAUGAGGACGGCAUGAGAACGCCAGCGACCCCAGACAAGGCCAGCGGUAGUGAACGCCCCGCGGCCGCCACGGUGAACAUCCCCCUGGUCAAUGAAGUCCAGCUGACGGCAGCCACUGGCGGGGCCGAGCUGUCCUGCUACCGCUGCACCGUCCCGUUUGGCGUGGUGGUCCUCAUCGCCGGCAUCGUGGUCACCGCCGUGGCUUACAGCUUCAACUCGCACGGCUCCACCAUCUCGUACUUCGGCCUGGUGCUCCUCUCGGCCGGACUGGUGCUCUUAGCCUCCAGCGUCGUCUGCUGGAAGAUGAGACUGGAGCGGAAGAAGGAGAGGCGACGGGAAAGCCAAACGGCCCUGGUUGCAAACCAGAGGAGUAUUUUCACUUGAACUGUAGCACUUGGACACACAUCUUUUGUUUUCUCACUCAAAAAAAAAAAAAAAAAAAAAAGCCCAAUUUGGAGAUUUGGAGAACCAGCUGCAGACAGAUGUUGUCCAUCAUGUGUUGGAUUUCCGACCUGUAAAAAAGGCUUUGAGCGCAGACUUUCAAGGCCCAGAACUUAAAAGCUUUGAACACAUUGUAGGGGAUUUAUUUGUCAAACAGACGUCAGGCAUCUGGCGAGCUGGGAACGCAGCCAGAAGGAAUGUAUCAUAAUUAAAAUGAAUUACCACUGUGUGAAGCGAUGAGGAGGAAGUCUCCCAUUAAUCUGCUGUUGGAUGUGGCGGUGUUGAUUGUAAUGGCAGGGAUUGGGGUUGGAAAGGCCCAGGAGAGGAGAAGGAAACUGGAAAACCCAGGACGAUGAUUAAUGCCUCAUUUACUUCCUUUUAUGAAGUCCCAGCAUUAAUCUUACAUCUCGGAUUAGGAAUUGUUUUAUGGAAGUAUGGUACUUGAUAUGAGGGUUAUCUUUCAAAUCUGCCAAUAUAUUCUUAUCAGCAUAUCAGAUUAGAUGGCACAUGAUUUUAGGGAGAAUAUUUAACCCUAAAUACAUACUCCCUUGAAGCACUUUGAUUAUCAUAAUCAUCGUAUUCAGUAUUAAACAUCUAUUAACACAUAACAUAGGUGGUAAAGCCAGAAUUGUGAGUGUACUUCUAUACUGUAAAGAAUAUUAAUUGUAGCAUAUGUUUCGCUUCAGUGUAAUCAUUUGCAUGUAUUACCUGUUACCGGGACGUCAUGUGGUUUAAUAAACUCAUUGAUACACAAA